CAUGAUCGACUGACGAGUGACGACUCUUUAGUCUUUACAAAAUUUACCAAUAUAUUCUUUCUAAAAUACAUAUUCUCGAAUAAUAGAGGAAUUGCCGAACACUCAAGCUGCGAAUAGCAAUGAAAUUUACGUCGUAGUGAUGCAGAAUAUGCUAUAAGUAUAAUAAACCACAAUAUGUUGAAAAAUUCUUAUUACCUGUUGCUAUUUUGGAUUUUCCUUUGUGAAGAUGGGUUCAUUCAAUGCCAAAAUAUUUCUACAAAUGAGAUUAUUUCCAGCGAAGAAGAAUAUCCAUUCAAAAAAUGUCAUAAUGCAACUCCUACUGUAAACGAUUCAACGUACCAGGGGUUUGCUGUCUAUCGCAUUGAUUUGAACACUCCUCCUGUAGAACGAUGGAAAAAGUUGGCCUCCGAUAUGAAACCUCAAAUCUCGAAGUUCUUGGAAGCAAUUCGAAACAACACAAACGAAAUAUUCGGUUCGGAAAUAUUUCGAGUAAUUGAUAACUACAUACCUCUUUUAACAAAGACCUUACCACAAGAAUAUUAUGAAGAAAUAAUUGGCAUAUCCGAAGCUACUGAACUUUCAGUAGGAGAAGUAACAAUUUAUAAUAUUUUUUACGAAUUUCACAGCUUGUGCACGUCAAUUGUAAUGCGAGAUGUGGAUAAUAAAAUGUAUCAUGGGCGAAAUUUAGAUUUUGGUUUAUUUUUAGGCUGGGAUGUGAAAAACAAAACAUGGUUGGUAGCGGAACUCUUGCGGCCAUUGAUUGUAAAAGUAGAGUUUGAACGUGCUGGACAACCUCUUUAUACUUCAGUUAGCUUUGCAGGAUACACCGGUGUUCUUACUGGAAUUAAAAAGAAUCUGUUCAGUCUUUCGGUCAAUGAACGUUUCAAAUUGAACGGUGGUUUGAUUGGAAUCAUUGAAUGGAUUUUUGGUCGAAGAAAUCAACAAUGGAAUGGUAUUCUGACUCGUCAAGUGAUGGAAAAAGCCAAUAGUUACAACGAAGCCCAGAAAUUACUCUCAUCUCCUCAUCUCUUGGCUCCUUGCUAUUUCAUUCUUACUGGGACGAAACCUGAUCAGGGCUGUGUAAUAACCAGAGGUCGGCAUGAUUUCGAUAUGUGGAGUUUGGCUGAUGAAAAAAUGAAAAAUACGUGGUAUUUGGUUCAAACAAAUUACGAUCACUGGAAAAAACCUCCUUCAUUCGAUGAUCGUUCGAGUCCAGCCACAAUAUGUUUGGAACUUCUUGGUAGACAAGAUGCCAUAUACUCAUUGUAUAAUGUCCUAUCCACAAUACCUGUGUUAAAUAAAUUGACUGUGUAUACUGCAAUAAUGGAUCCGUUGACCGGUGAUAUGAAACUUUGGUUGCAGAAAUGUGAAGAUCCUUGCUGGCCUUGGUGAACAUUCGAUGAUUCGAAUGAUCUUAAUUUAUAACGUACCUACUUAUUUCGUAUGUACAUACGUCUACGUAUAUUUACCUACCUACUUGAAAAAGAAAGAUCUCGUAAGGUGCUCUUUGAACGGUUUAAAAAAGACCACACCUUCCAAAUUCAUUAAUUAGCAUGUGUAUUGCGUAUACCAUACAAUUAUUUGCUCUGAUUUACUCGUACAUACAUAUCAUACUAUGCUACAUACUCAAGUGUUUUUUUUUCGACAAUAAGACUGAUUAUAUACUUUUGCGAAAGAUUUUAUGUUUUUUUUUCGCCUUAAUUUUUAUUUUUAUCUACCUAAUACGUAUAGGUACCAUUAGAAUGAUGUAUCUACGACUCUACGUUUAUGAUUUUUAAAACGUUCUCUAGUAUGAUUUUUCGUCUGUUUUAUUUGAAUGAAAACUUAAUUAAAAUAAUUUAUUUACUUAAUUUUCAUUUUAUUGUUCUUUUUCUUUUUUUCAAUUUCUGUAAUGGUUCAACCUACAGCAUACAGGCUGCAGAAUUUAUUUUAUAUCCUGAAAUAAUUUCGGGUCACGACGAUGAUUCUAAAUGCAUCCCUUCUAAGUAGACUUUUAAAAAAAGAAUAAACUGUAAUAAUUAUUGUUCUAGCAUAUAGAUAGGUACCUAGUUACCGGCAUUGCGUCAAGGGGACUGUCAUCGCGUUACCACAAUUUCAAAAUAAUCGAAACAGUAGUGUUAAUCAAGCAAAAAAUCAUAACAAAACUAUAAUUAAGGGUUAAGAAUAAUAAACUCGAUGAUUCAGUACCUAACAAAAACUGUCUAAUUAAUAAUUCAAAAAUUAAUAUUUACUAUGAACUACGAAUUAUGAAAAAAAUCUGUAAAUUUGCUUUCGUUUUACAAAACUUUACGAAAUUUUUAUACGAAAUUCAUAACAAACGAACUAUACUGAAUAAAUUUUUUAUUAGUUUUUUUUUUCAAUUCAUUUUAACAGGUUUAAGACUGUUUAAUUUCACUAGUAGAAUUACAACUUUGGUACGAUUAAAAAUAAAUAUAGGUUAUCUGAAAUGGAAUAUAAAAAGGUAUUUUUUACUUUGCAUUUUGUAUAAUUUAACGAUGAUAAUCGCUACUGAAUUUAGCAUGCGAUUACGAAUCGAUAAUUACAUAUUAGGUUUGGUUGACAUUUCAGUAAAAUAUUCGCUUCUGUUAAUAAUAACUUUUCAAUUUA